AUUUAGCUCCGCAGAAGAUAUGACUUGGGUGCCGUAAAUUAUCUUACUAGCAAUUCUCUAAAACGGAAAGCGUUGUCCGCUUUCGUCGGUGUUUUGACGAAGUUGUCUAUUUGUUCCUGUCCUUUUUUCCAUUCGAGCAAAACUUUAAGGCAACGACUUUUCUGACGAAGAGACCGCAACUGCCGAGGGACUCUGACAACCUUUGACGCGGAGACCGUCACAUCGGGGGAAAGAACAUCAUCAAAAAAAAAACAUGAAACUUGAAGUCUUCUCCGCAAGCCACUUUGUGGAGAAACCGCUAGAAGUGUGCAGCGAUGCGGAGGGCAGCGUCCCCUCGCCGCUCUCGGGGGAGGAAGAGCUGGGCUCGGAUGGUGACUGUGUGGCCAACAGCCCUGCACCUGCCGUGCCGAGUGCUGACGGCAAAGCCAAACCUUACACCCGGAGACCCAAACCGCCAUACUCCUACAUCGCCCUGAUUGCCAUGGCUAUUCGUGACUCUACGACAGGGCGCCUCACUUUGGCGGAGAUCAAUGACUACCUGAUGAAGAAGUUCCCGUUUUUCAGGGGUAGCUACACUGGCUGGAGGAACUCGGUCCGUCACAACCUGUCGCUGAACGACUGCUUCCUGAAGGUGCUGCGGGAUCCCUCCAGACCGUGGGGGAAGGAUAAUUACUGGAUGCUGAACCCUCACAGUGAGUACACAUUUGCCGACGGGGUCUUCCGCCGCAGGAGGAAGCGCAUCACCAAAAAGCCAACGAAAGACCAAGAGGCGCUGGAACACGCAGCCAACGAGGACGCGCCGGCCGCCGUCAGCACCCAGUCCUCUAAAGACGAGAGCUCCAACACCAAGUUCUCCAGCUCUUUCGCCAUCGACAGCAUCCUCAGUAAACCCUUCAAGAGGAAGGAUGCCCACCCUGAGACUGACAACACGCCCUCCGGCUCUCGAAUGAUGUGGCCCUGCAGCAACCCGAUGAUGCCUUAUCCAAUGGGCUAUCCGCCUGCGGCGGUCUCCCACAUACAGCCGGUGUUCCAGGUCAGUUCCGGUGCGGCGCAUUUGCUGCAGGCGUACAGAUGCGGCUACUCAGAGCCGGUCCUUGGCGCGGAGCACAGAAGGGACAUUCUCGCCACUUUUCAGUUGAAUUCGGAGGGCUUGCCAAAUCCUGAAACUUUCGCCUCUGCUCAAAUGCCUGCUGUGAGAGUAGGCAGCUAUCACCCAUUCAGAAUAGACUCUUUGCUCUCAUAAAAGCAGAAGCCGAAACGGGGGAAAUACCAGCUCCGAGCACUUUCUUAUGCACUGUGUAUUUUAUUUGGAAACAAAAUGCAUUUCACUGCAUUGACCUGAGUCU